CACCCACACCUUUUUUCUUUCCCCCUCUCCCCUUUACAAGCCGGCACCUCACUCACACCUCGGAGCUUUUCAGCUGCAGCGCAACAUCAAACGUCUCCAUCCCUUGCCCUUCACCUUGCCCCCCGGCCUUCCUGUGUUGCAUCGCAUGACGGAUCACAUUGCCCAGGCCUUGUCUCGUCGCCCGCAUUGCAGCCCUGUCUCGUUGCCAUUUGCUUUCUGUCUAACUCUGUCACGGAGUCACAGCUGACCGCGACGGCUAGGAAUCCACCGCAAUCAAUCUGUGUUACACGGCCAGACCACGUCAACAAACGCCCAUCACGUCGCUCAAGGACCAAACAUUGUGUGACAACCACACCCCAUCCGUCCCUCAGCGCCGCUAUAUAA